GUGUAGUAUAUGCCAUGAAGUUUGUUUUAAGAGCAGAAAGCCCGCGGGAUUUUGUGGAUAUCUUACUGUCUAUGAAGCACCAACCCAACAUUACUAUCAUCGACAUGGCGAAUAUGAUUGUAGCUCACGGCAAUAACAGAAAAGAUGGAAUGUUUCACCCCUACAAUGGUAUGGUUGUAGCACCGACAGAAGAGAAUAUAAGCCUCGCUGAGAAUGGUUCGCUACAGGUGUCAUUGCCUUGGAUCAUCGUGGACAGAUCUGGAAUAAAAGAAGAUUCAUCGGACUCUCAUCCGGCUACUGGCAGCUCUAUUCGUAUGUGUCUAUACGACACCUUCCAUCAAACUAAUGUAACGAAGAGGCACGAAAUACUACGUCGGGUGAGAAACAUCAAAGAGUUACAUGGUACAAUUAACACACAGGUGGUCGAACAACUGUUUUCAGCUAAAAAAUACGAUUCCCGUUUUCUCAAUCAAAUGAAGGCCAACAAGCAUAUUUUCGUAUUCCGUUCCAUGAUUGAUAGACACAAUGAAGCAAUUAAUGCUUCGACGAUGAAUCAACUAACAAGUGAAUAUACAGACCAGGUACAUUUUGACGAAUUGGGGAGGGUGUCCAUUGGUAAGAAGGUCGAUCAAAAGCAUUCCAAAACGCAUGUUUCAAAGGUGGUUGAUACGAUGAAAACUAAACGGACUGAGGCGGAAUAUGAAAGAAGGUGGAUGAACGUGUUAUCUUUGACGGACAAUGAUGUUCGUAUUAUUAAAAGUGGAGCGUGGUUGAACGAUCGACUAAUAAAUGCUGCGAUGGUUCUGCUCAGACAUCCUAACAUCAAUGGCCUUGGUGAUGUCAUUACUGGGCCAACCUACGGAUUCCGUAGAAACAGUGACGUUCGUGAUUUUAUUCAAAUAUUACAUGUUGGAGAAAAUCACUGGAUUUGUAUUUCCAAUGUUUUUUCGCCGGAAAAAGAAUUUGUUAUAUACGACAGCUAUCAGGAGUUGAGUAUCAUAAGAUCGGAAGGUCAUCGAAAACAGGGAGAUCAAAAAAGAAUAAGAUAUCCAUUAAUCGUAGAUCAGGCAGCUUGCGGCUUGAUCAAACCGAAGGAAAACCGUCUAGCUGUUAAAGUAGCCGACGUGACCCAGCAAAAUAGAGGAGAUGAUUGUGGACUUUUUGCUGUGGCGUUUGCCACUAUUUUAAGUCGCGGAGUCAAUCCCGUUUUUCGACAAAUAAAUCAAGAAACUUUGCGUCAUGACCUAGAAGAAUCUUACCGGAAUCUCUCAAUGGAACAUAUGUUUUGUCACUGCACUGUAAGAAAGGGGACUGAAAUUCCAACUUUCGCCUGGUUCUGUGACGUUUACUGUAGCUGUCGUAUGCCUGACGAUGGAACCAAAAUGCAUAGUUGCGCAGCAUGCGGAACGUCUCUCCGAGCCCCCCACAGAAGAACAUGA